AUGCGCGAGUGGGUCACAGUCCCCGACGCUCCUGCGACUCCUCUCACCGACUCGGCCGCCGAUGUCGAGGAAGAACCAGCAUACGGCGUACCGGCCUCGAUUCAGCCCGUCCGAAAGCCUCAGACCGAUUCUGCCAACAACGACCAAAAGCGUGCCGACCCCUUUCAAUUUGGCACACGCUAUCUGGAAGAAGGCGACAACAUCUUCCAACACAACGCAUGGGACCACGUCGAGACUGACGACACAUACAAAGAGUUCAUCAAGACGCAAGAAGAGUUCCAACGAUCCGCUCCAGUCACCGACUUUGACAAGAAGCGCUUCAACCAACAUCCCGAGAAGUGGUGGGACAAGUUCUACAGCAACAAUCGCGCAAACUUCUUCAAGGAUAGAAAAUGGCUGGCCCAGGAGUUUCCCGUAUUGGGAGAGAUUACCAAGGAAGAUUAUGGCGCUGCAACAAUGUUGGAAGUCGGUGCUGGCGCAGGAAACACGGCAUACCCUGUCUUGAAUCUGAACAAGAACCCGUUGCUGAAGAUCCACGCUUGCGAUUACUCCAAGAAGGCUAUUGAGAUUAUCCGUACACAGGAGGCAUACCAGAACCAGACCACUCUGCAGGCAGAUGUCUGGGACGCUGCAGGAACUGGUGAAAACGCCGUGCCUCCUGGUCUGGAAACUGGCAGUGUCGACGUGGUUGUCAUGAUCUUCAUCUUCUCUGCUCUGUCACCUAGACAAUGGGCACAGGCUGUUAAGAAUGUCUGGAAUGUCCUCAAGCCUGGUGGUCUGGUUCUUUUCCGCGACUACGGUCGUGGUGAUUUGGCUCAGGUCCGGUUCAAGAAAGGUCGUUACCUCGAGGAGAACUUCUACAUCCGUGGCGACGGCACUCGUGUUUACUUCUUCGAAAGAGAUGAACUCGCAGAUAUCUGGUCUGGCAAACUUCCCGAGAACAGUUUUCAGAUUGACGCUUCGGAACAGAAAGCCGAUGACGAUGAGCUGGCUGAGAAGUUACAGAAGACCGAUAUCUCAGAGGAGAACAAACUGCCUGCAUUCGAGAUCCUGAACUUGGGUGUUGACAACAGAAUGCUUGUCAACAGGCAGAGAAAGCUGAAGAUGUAUCGUUGCUGGAUGCAAGGCCGUUUCCAGAAGCCUGCCACUACCGAAAGCUGA